UGAAGGUGAGCUUGCUACAGCUAGAGCUCUGAUAAGAGAAGCCAUAAAUUCUAGGCCUAACGACACUAAAAAACUUCAAGAUUCAUAUUAUUUCCCGCAAGGAAACAUUUACAGAAAAGCCUAUGCUUUUCACAGGAGUUACCUGUUAAUGGAGAAGCUCUUCAAAAUCUAUGUGUACGAAGAAGGAGAGCCUCCAUUAUUCCACCAUGGGCCCUGCAAGGAUAUAUAUUCCUUGGAAGGAGUUUUCAUCAACUCGUUGGAGAUUAAUAGGCAGUUUCAGACUCAGAAUCCAGAUGAAGCACACGUCUACUUUCUUCCCUUCAGUGUUGUGAUGAUCCUUCAGCACUUGUUUCAUCCAGUGAUUCGAGACAAAGCUGUGCUGGGGAGAACUAUUGGAGAUUAUGUCAGAAUUGUAUCCCACAAAUACCCAUAUUGGAAUAGAAGUUAUGGAGCUGACCAUUUCAUGCUUUCCUGCCAUGACUGGGGGCCAAGAUCAACAUGGUAUGUGAAGGAACUAUAUUUCAUCUCAAUCAGAGUGCUCUGCAAUGCAAACAUCUCUGAGCAUUUCAACCCUAAGAAAGAUGCUUCAUUUCCAGAAAUCAACCUGAAAACAGGAGAAACGACAGGUCUUGUUGGGGGCUACCCUCCAUGGAACAGAACAAUAUUGGCCUUCUUUGCUGGGAAAAUGCAUGGCAGAAUCAGGCCAGCACUUUUCCAGCACUGGAAGGAGAAGGAAGACAAAGAUGUGCUAGUUUAUGAGACACUUCCAGAAGGAUUUUCAUACGAAGAGGCAAUGAAGAAGAGCAAGUACUGCCUUUGCCCUAGUGGGUUUGAAGUGGCAAGCCCAAGGAUUGUGGAGGCUAUUUAUGCAGAGUGUGUGCCUGUGAUAAUCUCACAGCAGUAUGUUCUUCCUUUCAGUGAUGUUCUGAACUGGGAUUCCUUCUCUGUACAGAUCUCAGUGAGUGAAAUCCCAAGGCUUAAGGAAAUCUUGAUGGCUAUCUCCCAUGAACAGUAUUUGAGAAUGCAAGAAAAUGUUAAGAAGGUUCAGAGACAUUUUGUAGUGAACUAUCCUCCCAGGAGAUAUGAUGUGUUCCACAUGAUUAUUCAUUCAAUUUGGCUUAGAAGGUUGAAUGUGCGUGUGAUAUAAUCAUCAAUCUUGUAGUCAUAUUUAGGAAUAGCUUCUCGUUCUUUUGCCAGUGGAGGUAAAUAAUUGGUUGACCUUCAAUUUUGUGCGUGUAGGAAAAUAAAUUCCGAUAGAGAUAAGUUUUUCUUUUCCUUUUCUUUUGCCAGUGGAGGUAAAUAACAUUUUCUGUGUCUCUUGUCCAAAAAUAGAGUUUCAUAUUUUUGGUUUUUCAACUCUUUCUUUCUUUCUUUGUUUUUUAA